AAUCAGACACUUGACCGGAACACCACAUCCGGGUAACCGCUGAGGUCAAGACAGCGCGGAAAAACGCAUUAGCUAAACAAUCUGAGCAUCAUGUCUGGAAGAGACGGAGGUAAAAAGAAACCCCUCAAGGCUCCCAAAAAGCAGUCGAAGGAGAUGGACGAUGAGGACAUGGCUUUCAAACAGAAGCAGAAAGAGGAUCAGAAAGCUAUGGAACAGUUGAAAGCCAAGGCUUCUGGAAAAGGACCUUUAACUGGAGGAGGAAUCAAGAAGUCUGGGAAGAAAUGAAUGUGUUUUAGUGUUUAUAUGUACACCAACUCAUGAUUUGGGCCCACACUGGCGACGUAAAAUGACUUUUUUUUUAGUUUACAUUUCUCUUGUAAAGGAAUAAAGUUUGUAAUGACUGCAAA